UUGUUUAAAGAUACAUUUUUUAGUGUUUAUCAUUUUUGUCCAGAUCCUAAAUGUUCUGUGUCCCCUGUGUUUAUUGCUUUCUUCGAAAUAUCAAACAGCCCUGAACUACUUCCAGUUCUCCAUGCAGUCAAAGCACAUCCACCGACGGUUACUAAACCACCGACUGCAGAGCGCCCAGCAGAGUGUCAUCCAGAGUAAAGGUGACCCGAGAGAGGACAACGACAAAACGACCAUCAAGAAAUUAAAGACUAAAAUUAACGAGCAGAACCUGAAAGGUGACCCGUCCCGUCACUCCUGGGAGUCCAGAGGUUGGACUUUGUGAGGCGACAGCAGAGUGGCGAGGAGGGAAAGCAGAACUCUGCAGCUCAGAGACCUGACCGUCUGAUCCUUCGGGAGGUAAUCCCUGUCGUUCCGUGUUUGGGAACGCUUCAACUAUCUCAGCUUUUAUCUGGGCCGAGCGAUGCUGUGCAGCAGCGGAUUCACCUCACAUCUGAUAUGCAGCUUCAACACAACAACCACUGAUAACACAUUUGUCAGGCCGCUCACGUCGGCCUGGCGGAACAUCACGUACCAAAAGGGUUACGGAUCUGUAACCAAGCAAAGGGAGCCAAAAACAAAAGUGUGACAAACACACUAAGUGCAUUUCCCUGAGGGGUAACUCGGAGCUGCAGCUGCAAAUGUAAUUACAUCUUGUUUUCUCCGCUCAUCUGUACUUCUUAGUAAGCCCCGCCCUCUGCUGCACACACUCACAAACACCUCCAGGAGGAGGCGAAACGCAGACCGCAGCAGAACGGAGCGAUGUCCAAACACACGGAGCUGCCGUUCCGGCUGGACUCCCAGCUGACGGAGGUGAUGCGGCUGCGGGUUCAGUCUCUGCAGCAGCGCAGCCAGAAGAGGCAGGACGGCGAGCGGCUGCUGCGGCCCAACGAGGCCGUGUACCGGCUGGACUUCUCCCAGCAGUCCCUACGCUUCUCCCACUGGACGGUGCGGCUGGCGCAGCCGGGGCGCCUCACCAUCACGGCCACCUCGCAGCUCUGGACGCCGGACCUCACCAACCUGAUGACGCGGCAGCUGCUGGAGCCCGCCGGGGUCUUCUGGAGAGGGUCGGCGGACGCGACGGUGAGCUGCUAUGAGGCGGACGCGGCGGAAUUUGGGGAAAGGAUCGCCGAGCUGGCAAAAGUAAGGAAGGUGAUGUACUUCCUGUUUGCGUUUGCGGACGGCUGCAGCCCCGAGAGCGUCGACGGCUCCAUCACCUUCACGGUGGACUCCUAAGAACACUUCCCGUCAAACGAAGCCUUCACAUCUGAUUUAAUAACAAAUAAUAAACUUGUAAUCAUUAAAACAGACGUUUCUGAGUUUUCUUUGGUGAAAUUAGCGCCGUGUUCUUCAGACUUU